AUGCCAAGGAGGGCCAGCUCCACUCUGGGCUGCCCCCUGGACUCUGUGGAGGAGGUGACGGACAGGAGGCCCCUGGACUCUGUGGAGGAGGUGAGGGACAGGAGGCCCCUGGACUCUGUGGAGGAGGUGAGGGACAGGAGGCCCCUGGACUCUGUGGAGGAGGUGAGGGACAGGAGGCCCCUGGACUCUGUGGAGGAGGUGAGGGACAGGAGGCCCCUGGACUCUGUGGAGGAGGUGAGGGACAGGAGGCCCCUGGACUCUGUGGAGGAGGUGAGGGACAGGAGGCCCCUGGACUCUAUGGAGGAGGUGAGGGACAGGAGGCCCCUGGACUCUGUGGAGGAGGUGAGGGACAGGAGGCCCCUGGACUCUGUGGAGGAGGUGAGGGACAGGAGGCCCCUGGACUCUGUAGAGGAGGUGAGGGACAGGAGGCCCCUGGACUCUGUAGAGGAGUUGUGUAGCGGUGACAGUGCCGCGCUCUCAGCUCGUCGCAGGCUUGUGCUGCAGAGUUGA